UUCAAGCAUCAAAAAGAAUCAUACUUUCUUUAUUAGUAUUUCUGUUAUUGGCUCCUAAUUUUUAUAAAUUUAGGGUUUCCUAUAAUAUUCGACCUCUCUCUUGCCGUCUCUUCCCAAAUACUCAAUCCCCGUCUCUCUCCCUUAUCUCUCUCUCUCUCUCUCUUAGAGAUACAAAUCGAUCAAAGGGUAUACACACUAGCAAAAAGGGGUUAAUUAACAUAAAAGAAUGGUGAGGGGAAAGACGGAGAUGAAGAGGAUAGAGAACGCGACGAGCAGGCAGGUGACUUUCUCAAAGAGAAGAAAUGGACUUUUGAAGAAAGCCUUUGAAUUAUCUGUUCUUUGUGAUGCCGAAGUUGCCCUAAUUAUCUUCUCCCCUAGAGGCAAACUCUAUGAGUUUUCUAGCUCCUCCAGUAUAACAAAAACAGUAGAACGAUAUCAGAAACGAAUACAUGAUCUUGGCUCUAGCCAUAAGAGAGAGGAUAACACGCAGCAAGCAAAAGGCGAAACCUAUGGCUUAGCGAGAAAGAUCGAACAACUUGAGAUUUCAAAACGAAAACUUCUGGGAGAAGCACUUGACGCAUCUUCUAUUGAGGAGUUACUACAAUUGGAAAACCAGUUGGAGCGAAGCUUAACUAAAAUAAGAGCCAAAAAGUACCAGUUACUGCGUGAAGAACUGGACAAGUUGAAAGAAAAGGAGAGGAACCUCACUGCAGAAAACAAAAUGCUGAUGGAGAAGUAUGAAAUGGGAAGAGGAGGAAUAAUACCAAGAUCAUCAUCAACAACAACAUCAGAAGACUUGGACACAGAGGAGAGUGAAACGGAAGUGGUGACUGAUUUGUUUAUUGGACCUCCUCCGAUCCGACACUCCAAAAAGUUUCCUCCUCCAAAUUAAUACAUGUUUAUACAUUCACUUCAAAGGAAAAACAUGAUCUCACAACUUUAAACAUGAUUUCCUUUCUAGAAGGAAAAAUGAAGUUGAUUAAUGUAAUAGUUUUUUUUUCUUUUGUAUCCAAUAACAUAUUUGAAAAUCCAAACAACUUCUGAAUGUCUUCCUUUAUAGUU